AUGGAAACUGGCUGGUCAGGCCAGUCCACCUACUGCAUCCGGGUGAAUGCUAUCGCAGGCAAAGAGCAGUUCAAAACCCAAAGGCCCAGCAAGGACCAGGGAAAGUGCCCACCAGAUGGAGGCAAAGGAUUAAGAUCCAAAGUCCACCUGAAUGCAGUUUUGCUUGAACGCUCUAGUAACCAGGGAAGACGACCCCUGACCAAGAUCGUAGUUCCUAUGAUGACGUGGAGGUUGGGUGAAGUGUUCAGUAAGCAGAAAGCUCAGUCACUUCCUCCCCACCGACCUUAUGAUUGUACAAUUAAGCUGUUCCCUGGAGCUGCCUUUCCCAAGGGACGGUUAUACAGUAUUUCUCGACCUGAGCGGGAAGCCCUGGAGACCUACAUAAAGGAGUCUCUUGCUGCAGGUCUCAUUAGUCCCUCGUCAUCACCCCUGGGAGCUGGAUUUUGUUUUGUGAGUAAGAAGGAUGGCUCUCUUCGACCGUGUAUUGAUUAUCGGGGUUUGAAUGAUAUUACGGUCAAGAACAAGUACCCCUUGCCCUUGAUGAGCUCCGCUUUCGAUUCUUUACAGGGUGCUACUGUGUUUACGAAGCUUGAUCUACGCAAUGCGUAUCAUCUGGUUCGAAUCAAAGAGGGGGACGAGUGGUUGACUGGAUUCAAUACACCUAUGGGACAUUUCGAGUACCAGGUGAUGCCGUUUGGACUUUCCAACGCUCCAGCAGUGUUCCAAAGUUUGGUGAAUGACGUGCUGAGGGAUAUGAUCGGUCUGUUUGUGUUCGUUUACCUGGAUGACAUCCUGAUUUUCUCGAAGGGGCUUACCAGCCACAUCCAGCAUGUUAAGCAGGUCCUGCAGCGGUUAUUGGAGAACCGUCUGUUUGUGAAGGCAGAGAAGUGUGAUUUUCACGCCCACACGACAUCCUUCCUCGGGUACAUCAUCUCCAGGAGUGAGAUCAAGAUGUACCAAGAGAAAGUUCGGGCGGUUCGGGAUUGGGCCCGGCCCGGUACGAGAUUGCAGCUCCAGAGAUUCCUGGGAUUUGCAAACUUCUAUCGGAGGUUUAUCCGUGAUUACAGCCGGGUGGCCGCCCCUUUAACUGCUCUGACGUCUUGCACCAGAAUUUUCUGUUGGACUCCUGGGGCAGACCGAGCAUUUCUGAACUUGAAGAGCCGAUUUCUCUCUCAACCUGACACUUCCCGUCAGUUUGUUGUUGAGGUGGACGCGUCUGAUGUGGGGAACGGCAAGGCGGACGCCUUGUCCCGGAUGUUCUCCAAGACGGAUGAGAGUGGGGCCAAGACUGAGACGAUUCUUCCCCAGAACCUUGUCGUGGGAGCCGUUACAUGGGGGAUUGAGGAGGAUGUGAUGGCGGCCCUUCGGACGCAGCCCGGCCCCGGUAACGGUCCACCCGGUCGGUUGUUCGUGCCUGAGUCGGAGAGGGAUCUUUCGGUUCCUUCUGUCCAGGCCCACAUUCGUCGUUGCCACCGGACCUGGCAUCGGGCCAGGAGGGUCCUCCUUAGAGUUUCUGACCGGUAUCAGAUCCAGGCGAAUCGUCACCAUAUUCCUGCUCCCGCUUUUACCAUCGAAGAUAAGGUUUGGUUGGCUACACGGGAUCUUCGUCUACGGACUGAGUCGAGGAAACUGUCACCAAAGUUCAUUGGUCCGUUUGUGGUGGAGAGAAUCAUUAGCCCUUUUGUGGUCCGACUCAAAUUGCCGGCAACGCUUCGAGUACACCCCACCUUUCAUGUCUCCUGCCUCAAGCCGGUUCUCCUCAGUCCUCUGUUGCCCCCUCCUCCUCGGAUGAUCGGAGGUGGUCCUGCCUACACGGUGCGCCGCAUAAUGGAUUCCAGACGGCGGGGUCAAGGUUUCCAAUAUCUCGUGGAUUGGGAAGGAUAUGGUCCAGAGGAGAGGAGUUGGAUUCCUCGGCGUCAGAUCCUUGAUGACGACCUGCUUCGUGACUUCUACCGUCUCCACCCUGGCGCUCCAGCAUUCUGUGAGGAGGGGUGUAGAAGCGGAGGUACCUGUGUGUCGCCCAACACCUGCGUCUGCCCCUCAGGCUUCACAGGACUCCACUGUGAGACAGACAUUGACGAGUGUGCGGAGGUCCUGAUCCAGUGCCACAUUCACUCCCGCUGUGUUAAUCUGCCGGGCUGGUACCACUGUGAGUGCAGGAACGGUUUCCAUGACAAUGGCUCCUACCUGAUCGACGGGAGUUCCUGCAUCGACAUUGACGAGUGUGCCACGCAGACACACACCUGCUGGAACGACAGUGUGUGUGUGAACCUUCCAGGUGGUUUUGACUGUAUGUGCACAUCUGGACCGACCUGCAGUGGAGACUGUCUUUACGAGGAGGGCCUCAAACACAACGGACAGGAGUGGAACCACAGCCUGGACCACUGCUCCCUCUGCUCCUGCAAGGAUGGGCGCACCUUCUGCAUGAGGAGAGAGUGUCAUUGUGCGGACCCCGAGACAGACCUGUUCUGCUGUCCUGAGUGUGACUCCAGAAAGUCCAGCCAAUGUCUGCACCAGAGUGGACACAUACUGUACCGCAGCAGAGACUCCUGGAUCUACAGCUGCCAGCAGUGCCGCUGCCUGGAGGGAAAGGUGGACUGCUGGCCCCUGGCGUGUCCAGUAUUGGCGUGCAAAUACUCUGCCUUGGUGGAGGGCGAAUGUUGCCCACACUGCGUCUCUGACCCCUGCCUGGCAGACAAUAUCGCCAACGAUAUCAGGCAGACCUGCCAGGACCCUGCUGGCAUCACCCGCCUCAGUAGUGCCACGUGGCCUAUGCCAGGGUCACCCUGCACCACCUGCAAGUGCAAGAAUGGAAGUGUGUGUUGCUCGGUGGAGCUGGACUGCCUUCAGAACAACUAAGCACUCCUCUUUCGGAUGCCGUACUCCUCUCCUCCACUCCAAUCGUUCCAUUCCGCCAAUCCUAGACUGGUCAUACUGUUUGAAGAGCCUACCUUUGGACCUUUUACCACA